UCUCCCUCUCUCUCUCAUUACAACACACACACACACACACACACACACACACACGCGCACGCGCUCACACCUCAGACGCAGCCUGCGCGGGUUACCGGGAGCCGGGGCUGGAGAGCGGAUCAGCUCCGCAGACCGCCGUGGGAGGAGCAGGCAGCGUUUCUGCUGCUGCUAGCGCUACCGCUACCGCUACCGCCGCCACAGCCACCGCCGCCGCCGUUAGCGUUCCUCAGCGCGGCGACCGGCAGCUCGCGUCUGCCCUUGGCGCAAAGUCACCCGCCGGGGAUCCCGCCGACCGAGGGAGAGAGAGAGAGAGAGAGAGAGAGACCCGGUUCUUUUUCUUCCCCCCGCAUUCUCGCGCACGGCGGCUCCCGCCAGACCCGCUGAAACAUGGCUCACGCGGCGGCGCACCUUAAGAAAGCCCGGGGGGAGAUGGAGCAGGCGGCGGCGCCCGACCUCAAGGCGCUGGAGAAGGCGCGGGAGAGGAGGAGGCGCUCCCGCGAACGGGCCGAACGCAAACGCAAGUCUGACAGCAACACCAGCUUCCUGCGAGCGGCUCGGGCGGGGAACAUUGACAAGGUGCUGGAGUACCUGAAAGGGGGCGUGGACAUCAGCACCUGCAACCAGAAUGGGCUGAAUGCAUUGCACCUGGCAGCCAAGGAGGGCCACGUGGAGCUGGUGCAGGAGCUCCUGGACCGGGGCUCCUCCGUGGACUCGGCCACUAAGAAAGGGAAUACUGCCCUCCACAUCGCCUCCCUGGCAGGACAAGGGGAAGUUGUCAAAAUCCUGGUGAAGCGAGGAGCAGAUAUUAACUCACAAUCCCAGAAUGGCUUCACUCCACUGUACAUGGCUGCCCAGGAGAACCACCUGGAUGUGGUGCGUUACCUACUGGAGAAUGGGGGGAACCAGAGCACGGCCACAGAGGACGGCUUCACUCCUCUGGCCAUCGCCCUGCAGCAGGGCCAUAACCAGGUGGUGUCCAUCCUGCUGGAGAAUGACACCAAGGGCAAGGUGAGGCUGCCCGCCCUGCACAUCGCCGCCCGCAAGGACGACACCAAGUCCGCCGCGCUGCUGCUGCAGAACGACCACAACGCCGACGUCCAGUCCAAGAUGAUGGUCAAUAGGACGACUGAGAAUGGAAAGAGCGGAUUUACCCCGCUGCACAUCGCUGCCCACUACGGCAACGUCAACGUGGCCACACUGCUGCUGAACCGGGGGGCGGCUGUGGACUUCACAGCCAGGAACGGGAUCACUCCUCUGCACGUGGCCUCCAAGCGCGGAAACACCAACAUGGUGCGCCUCCUCCUUGACCGAGGGGCGCAGAUCGAUGCCAAAACUCGGGACGGUCUGACGCCACUGCACUGUGCAGCGAGGAGUGGGCAUGACCCGGCUGUGGAGCUUCUGCUGGAGAGAGGGGCACCCAUGCUGGCCAGAACCAAGAAUGGUCUAUCUCCACUCCACAUGGCUGCCCAGGGUGACCACGUUGAGUGUGUCAAGCAUCUGCUGCAGCACAAGGCGCCUGUUGAUGAUGUCACUCUGGACUACCUGACUGCCCUGCAUGUGGCAGCCCACUGUGGCCAUUACAGAGUCACCAAACUGUUACUGGACAAGAGGGCCAACCCCAAUGCUCGUGCUCUGAACGGGUUCACCCCCCUGCACAUUGCCUGCAAGAAGAACAGAGUGAAGGUGAUGGAGCUGCUGGUGAAGUACGGAGCUUCCAUCCAGGCCAUUACAGAGUCCGGCCUCACCCCCAUACACGUGGCAGCCUUCAUGGGCCACCUCAACAUCGUCCUGCUGCUGCUGCAGAACGGAGCCUCGCCCGACGUCAGCAACAUCCGUGGGGAGACAGCGCUACACAUGGCGGCGCGGGCUGGACAGGUGGAAGUGGUGCGAUGCCUCCUGAGAAACGGUGCUCUGGUGGACGCACGAGCCAGGGAGGAUCAGACCCCUCUGCACAUCGCCUCUCGUUUGGGGAAAACGGAGAUUGUGCAGCUGCUACUCCAGCACAUGGCCCACCCUGACGCCUCCACCACCAACGGGUACACGCCCCUCCACAUCUCCGCCCGCGAGGGGCAGGUGGACGUGGCCUCCAUCCUGCUGGAGGCUGGGGCCUCCCACUCCCUUGCCACGAAGAAGGGAUUUACGCCCCUACAUGUAGCUGCAAAGUACGGAAGCCUGGAUGUGGCAAAACUCCUCCUGCAGCGCCGUGCCUCUCCGGACUCUGCUGGCAAGAAUGGCCUCACGCCUCUCCAUGUUGCCGCUCAUUACGAUAACCAGAAGGUGGCGCUGCUGCUUUUGGACAAAGGGGCGUCUCCCCACGCCAUGGCCAAGAAUGGCUACACCCCGCUCCACAUUGCUGCCAAGAAGAACCAGAUGGACAUAGCCACCACCCUGCUGCAGUACGGCGCGGAGACCAACAUCCUGACCAGGCAGGGCGUCACCCCGCUGCACCUGGCCUCGCAGGAGGGCCACGGCGACAUGGCGGCUCUGCUGCUGCAGAAAGGCGCCCAGGUCAACAUGGCCACCAAGAGUGGACUGACCUCCCUUCACCUUGCUGCUCAGGAAGACAAGGUCAAUGUGGCUGAGAUACUGUCCAAGAAUGGUGCAACCCUCGACCAACAGACCAAGCUGGGCUACACUCCCCUGAUUGUAGCUUGUCACUAUGGAAACGUCAAGAUGGUGAACUUCCUGCUGCAGCAUGGAGCUAGUGUCAAUGCGAAAACCAAGAAUGGCUACACCCCUCUGCACCAGGCAGCCCAGCAGGGAAACACUCACAUCAUCAACGUGCUUCUGCAGUCUGGAGCCAAACCCAACGCCAUCACUGUGAAUGGAAACACAGCUCUGGCUAUCGCCCGGCGACUGGGCUACAUCUCAGUGGUGGACACGCUCAAGGUCGUCACUGAGGAGAUCAUCACCACGACAACCACGGUGACGGAGAAACAUAAGCUCAAUGUGCCGGAGACCAUGACCGAAGUCUUGGACGUUUCGGACGAGGAAGGUGACGACACCAUGACGGGGGAUGGGGGUGAGUACCUGAGGCCGGAGGACCUGAAGGAGCUGGGUGAUGACUCCCUGCCCGGACAGUACCUGGACGGGAUGAACUACCUGCGUUUCAGCCUGGAGGGGGGCCGGUCUGACAGUCACAUGCACAGUUCUGACAGGUCCCACACUCCCACCCACCGUGGGUACUACUCCCCGAAGGAGGGCGCCAUGCUGGAGGAGAUGAUCUCCAGCCACCACAUGACAGCUCUUUCCAGGGAAAAUGAGAAGGAUUCAUACCGCAUGAGCUGGGGAGCUGAAAACCUGGACAAUGUGGCCCUAUCCUGCAGCCCCUUACACUCUGGCCGUUCCUCUCCGUGCCAUGAUCAUGACAACAGCAGCUUCCUGGUCAGCUUCAUGGUGGACGCGAGGGGCGGGGCCAUGCGAGGGUGCCGCCACAACGGCCUGCGCAUCAUCAUCCCCCCGCGCAAGUGUAGCGCCCCCACCCGCGUCACCUGCCGCCUGGUGAAACGCCACCGCCUGGCCACCAUGCCCCCCAUGGUGGAGGGCGAGGGGCUGGCCAGCAGGCUCAUCGAGGUGGGGCCGUCUGGAGCGCAGUUCCUCGGUAAACUGCACCUCCCCACUGCUCCGCCCCCUCUUAACGAGGGCGAAAGUUUGGUUAGCCGAAUCCUUCAGCUGGGGCCUCCUGGGACAAAAUUCCUUGGGCCCGUGAUCGUGGAGAUCCCUCACUUCGCUGCUCUGCGAGGGAAGGAGAGGGAGCUGGUAAUCCUCCGGAGCGAAACUGGGGAGAGCUGGAAGGAGCACCACUGUGAGCACACAGAAGAGGAGCUCAACGAGAUACUCAAUGGCAUGGACGAGGAACUGGACCCUCCAGAGGAGCUGGAGAAGAAGCGCAUCUGCCGCAUCAUCACCCGAGACUUCCCACAGUACUUUGCGGUGGUGUCUCGGGUCAAGCAGGACAGCAACCUGAUUGGACCAGAGGGCGGGGUGCUGAGCAGCACUGUUGUUCCGCAGGUCCAGGCAGUCUUCCCAGAAGGCGCGCUCACCAAGAGGAUCCGGGUGGGCCUGCAGGCCCAGCCAAUGAACGUUGACUUGGUGAGGAAAAUCCUGGGAAACAAAGCAACGUUCAGUCCAAUCGUCACCCUGGAGCCCAGGAGGAGGAAAUUUCACAAACCCAUCACCAUGACGAUCCCUGUACCUAAGAACUCUGCGGAUGCGGCGGUCAACGGCUUUGGCGGAGACACGCCCACUCUGCGCCUGCUGUGUAGCAUCACCGGCGGAACUACACCGGCUCAGUGGGAGGACAUUACAGGAACCACGCCCCUUACGUUCAUCAAUGACUGUGUGUCCUUUACCACAAAUGUUUCUGCAAGGUUCUGGCUCAUAGACUGUCGGCAGAUCCAGGAGUCCGUCAACUUCUCCACACAAGUUUAUCGGGAGAUCAUAUGUGUCCCCUAUAUGGCCAAAUUUGUCAUAUUUGCCAAAACGCACGACCCCAUCGAGGCCCGGCUGCGGUGCUUUUGCAUGACGGACGAUAAGAUGGACAAGACCUUGGAGCAGCAGGAGAACUUCACUGAGGUGGCCCGCAGCCGUGAUGUGGAGGUCCUGGAGGGGAAGCCCAUUUACGCAGACUGCUUCGGGAACCUGGUGCCUCUGACCAAAAGUGGACAGCACCACCUCUUCAGUUUCUUUGCUUUCAAGGAGAACAGACUUGCCCUCUUCAUUAAAGUUCGAGACAACACCCAGGAGCCUUGUGGCCGCUUGUCCUUCAUGAAGGAGCCUAGGUCCUACAGAACCCUUGCCCAAAAUGCCAUCUGUAACCUGAAUAUCACACUACCUUCAUACUCAAAGGAAUCCGAUUCAGAUCAAGAGCCUGAUGAUGAGACCAGCAGGACACAUGACAAAUAUGAUGAAGAGACUGAAUCAACAGAAACGUCCGUCCUGAAAACACACUUGAUUAGAGACUCCCCUGCCCUCGCUAGUCCGGACUUGCUCUCGGAGGUGUCAGAGAUGAAACAAGACCUGAUAAAAAUGACAGCCAUCCUUACUACCGACUCCACAGAGAAAUCAAGCCCGGUUGAAGGGGGUGGACUUGAGAAAGGGGUGGAGGAGGAGCCAGGGGAGCCUUUUGAAAUAGUGGAGAAGGUGAAAGAGGAUUUGGAGAAAGUCAGCAAGAUACUGCGUAGCGGAACAUGCACAGUUAUGGCUGAGACAGAGUCAAAAGAAACAGGGGAAACAGUAAGCCAGUCUGUCAAGAAGGAAGAAGAGUGGGUUCUUCUCACUGACCAUGAAAUUGAAGAGGCCAAAAUGAUGGCUUUGCUUGAUGUUCAGGAACCCUUGUUGCAAGAAGUUAAAAUUGACAGAGGAACUUCCCAGCCAAAGAUGGUGAAGGACAUAUCUGGCAUGGUCACACACCUGAGUACAGACCUGAAGGAAUACCUCCUAGAUGUGCCGGAGGCUGCUGGUCAUGCCACACAGGAAGAUAUAGUCAAAGAGACAUUCAGUGAGGUCAUUGUAAGCAGGGAUCGGAAAAAAGUUUUGUCGCAAGAUGCUAAAGAGCUCCCCGGUGAAAUCAGAAAGCCAGCUAGGCGGAAGCUGAAGGACAGAAAACAGGCAGGCGAAGCAGACCUGCACAGAACAAGCUCAGAGGAGUCACUAGAUGGGGAUGUCCUCCUGAGCGCUCCUGCAACUGAAGCCCAGGCACCAGUGUCACCAGUAGUGGAGGAGACUCCCAUUGGGUCUAUAAAAGACAAAGUAAAAGCCCUCCAACAGAAAGUGGAAGAGGAGGAGAAGGGGCGGAACAAAAAAGCUGCUAGUAAGCCCUCCCAUGUGAGCAUUGAGAGCAAGUCAUCUCGCCCUGUGAAAGAAAGUCCUAAAGUUCAGUCAGCCUCUCCUAAGUCACCCAAAUCUGAUUCUGAGAGGCUGGAAGAGACUAUGUCUGUGCGAGAACUUAUGAAAGCCUUCCAGACAGGGCAGGACCCUUCAAAGAGAAAGUCAGGUCUUUUCGAGCACAAGGCCUCCACAUCUAAAACUGAGACCACACUUACACGCACAACUAAAUCCCAUUCUGUCCAUUCCAAAACAAUCACACAAACCAUGACAACUUUAUGUGCUCAGACACAGGAAAUGUCCUUGGAUGCACAAGGGCAAGACAAAUCAUGCAAAGAGAGAGACUUACAAAUCAGCCCAGACAGGAAGCACUCCAAGGACUUUAGUGCAGACAUAAAAGCAGAGCUAGAAGACAACACUGAGUAUCAGCAGUUUAGGAAGACUUCUGAUGGAGGGGUGGAAGGUCACACCUCAGCGGCUGUGGACUCUGACCCUGCCGCAGAGCCAGACCUCGCCAUAGUGUUCUCGCCUGACCUGGCCAAAGAAGAGGUGUUUCUCCCUGAUCGUGGCAUUCAGAAUGGUGCCCUUGAUGAUAGUUCUGACAGCCUCAAGCAUGAGGGUGGGGCUGACUCCCCCAGCAUCAGCUUAGGUGAGGGUACCCCUCAGUUGAGCUCAGAGGAGAGCUACAAGCAUGAAGGCUUAGCAGAGACCCCAGAAACCAGCCCUGAAGGUCUGGUCUUCUCACCCAAGAAGACUGACCAGCCAGUACUUGAGAGGGCUGCAAAAAAUGCAGCUGCUCUGCAUGCAAAAUGUGAGGAGAGGGCUAAGGUGCCUGCCACUCAAGAGAGUAAGGGAGAAGUAAAGGACAGUGUCCCCAAAGAUAAGUCUGAAAGCAUAGCCAUGGAAUCAACUGCCAGAGACUCCGGGAUUGUGUCGUUUGAUGAUCGUUCCGCGGAAAUGACCCUCCCCACCUCCCCCAUGGAGCCGGAUGAUCAGAGCACAAGUGAGUCUGUGUCAGGCCUCAAGGGUGAGGCAAUAUUUUUUGAGGAUGAGCGUGUCUCUGUUGAGAGUGAAAGUGUUUCUGCCUCCUCUAAUCUGCCUAAAGACCAACAGCUCUCAAAGAGGAUCCCUCACACUGUAGGUGCUUUCCUUAAUGACGAGUUAGCCACUGAUGGUCAAGCAUCACCAGUGUCCACUGGCCUGGUGGCUGAAAAGGCAUCCACGUACCAUCACGGCACCUUAGACCUACCCAUCAGACAGCAAGAUUCAGAUGCCCUCAGCCCCUUAGCCGAUGAUUCUCUGCCUAUAAGUCACAAGGACUCUUUGGAAGCUAGUCCACUCAUGGAAGAUAACUCCUCCCAUAAAACCCCUGACUCCAUCGAACCGAGCCCCACAAAGGAGUCCCCCUGUCGUGACUCACUAGAGAGCAGUCCCGUAGAACAGAAAGCCAAAGCAGGCUUCCCUCCGGUCGAAGAGCAGUCCGGGGUAGCCACUGGCCACUCUUUGCCCACUAAGACUGAUUUUCCCCCUGACCCCACACGCAGUAGGCUCCUCAGAGACCAAGAGGGCAGUGUGGACGAUGACAGUUUCGAGCAGACGUCCCAGAUAGAAAGUUCGGGUAAGAGCCCCCUCUCACCAGACACCCCUAGCUCUGAGGAGGUAAGUUAUGAGGUCAACCCCAAAAUACUGGACCUCCAGACCCUUUCACUGCCAUCAAAGCCAUUCGCCAUCCCAGAAGAUGCCGAGGAAGACGAUUCCGAAAGUAGCGAUCCUCAAAAGAAAUUCACCCCAGAGGAAGAGAUGUUUAAAAUGGCUGCAAAAAUUAAAACUUUUGAUGAAAUGGAGCAGGAUGCCAAAAAUAAACAAGAUGGUAGAAAAGUUAUCAAAGCCUCAGACUCUUCAGUAGCUUCUGAGACUGGAGGUGAUAGAGAACAGCUAAUAAGCAUAGAGCUCCCCAAUGAGGGAACCUCUGAGAGUGAGCGUGAGCUUACCAAGUCCAAACAGGACUCAGAAUUAGCUCUUUCCGUUGAAUCCAUUAUUAAAGUACAACCUCCCUCUCCUUUUCCAGCAGGUGUGCAUGAGAGCCCUUUUGUGACUGAAGAAGUCUGCCAAGCAGCUACCAGCAGCACAGCAGGGGGAAAAGAAGCCAAGGGGGGGCCUCAAUCUGUCUCAGAACACGCCUCAACUGCCUGGCAUGUUUCAGACAAGCCAGACUUUCCGCCACACAUAGAAAAAGACAAAUCUGUUCCCAACAGAGGGCUCACCACUGACUGCGCAGAACGGUUACACACACCACCGUCUGUGGAGAUUCGAGUCGAGAAAAAAGAGUGCCACUCGCAGUCGGCCCUUGUGACCUCCUCCCGCACUGACGGGGCAGCAAACAUAACUGACGAGCAGAAGGAAGAGUGCCUGAAAAAGCUGAGGGGAAUCAAAGAGGAUUCUGGGGGAGGAAAGGAUACGGAGGCUGAUGGCACACAGACUCGUGCUGGUGUAGAUAGGCGGGCUGGGAGCAAUGUGACUGAUGAAGUGAAAGGAGAUCACUUGAGUCACUUUGAGGAUUCUGACAAAGGUAAAAGUUCUUCUCCUUUCCUGGUUAAUGUGGGACAGGAACGUGAUGUGUUCAAACCUGAAAUCUGCAUUUACGAUGACACGGAAGAAGAUGAAGAGGAAGAUGACCUGAAGACAAUUGCCCCAAAAACUGAGUCAAAGGGGGUCACAGCAAGGGUAGAGAGAGAUUCUGACCCCUGGAGCUCCAUUCGGGAGGAUGAUGAUGCCUUUGCAGCACGAGUUAAGGAAGAAGAGCAGAAGAUCCUGGGUUUAAUGGUGGAUCGGCAGUCCCAGGGCCCGACACCAGACACCACCCCCGGGAGAACACCCACAGAUGAAGGAACACCGACUGGUGAAUCAAACCCUUUCUUAUUCCAGGAGGGAAAGCUGUUUGAGAUGACCCGAAGUGGUGCAAUUGACAUGACAAAGAGGAACUAUGAAGAAGAAGGCUUUGCCUUCUUCCAACUAGGUGAGCAGCCCAUAGAAGAGGUAGUCUCAGAUGAGGCCAGAGAAGAUGGCGAGGUCACUGAAGCAGAACCAGCAGUUGCCACCAAUCUGUCCUUGGUGAUCAAGGCUGAUGAAGAGCAUGAAGGGGUGAAAGAUGCAACUGAGCCCUCUUGCCUGACAUCUGCCUUAACAGAACAGGAUCAGGUGGUGAGCACAGCUACCUCUGCUACAAUUUCAGAGGCAAAGUCUCAAAUCCCCAUUAAAAUGGGGAUUUCAGCUUCGGCUAAGCCCACAAAGAAUGACACUCAAGUUAAGGAAGAGGCAGGAGUUGACCUGGACAAAAAUACAGGGGAGAGUCCCACAGGGGCCGACCUCUGUUCCCCAGAGCCAGUGGUAGCUAUCAUCCAGACAGCCUUCUCGACCAUCACCCGGUCUGUUUACUCCGAGCAGGAGGCAGAGUCAUCUGACUCCUCUCCGGAAGAUCAACACUCAGUUAUUGAGCUCCCAAAGGAAACUACAGCACCUCCUUCUAGUGGCAAAAAGGUGUCAAAAAUCCCCAUUAAGCCAGCCUCCCCAGCCCUCUCCCACACUGCAUCACCCUCAUCAGCCACUCUUCACAAGGCUGCCCCCUCAAGGCAGGAGGAAGCCAAGUCCAAAUCUAGAAUACCAGUCAAAGCCAGCUCACUUAAGCCUGAGCCCGCUGCCGACCCAUUGGUCAGGCGUGCCGAGUCUCUAAAAGACAAAAAGUGUAAGUUGCCUGUAAAGAUGGAACUGAGGAGCAAGUCUGAGACAGAUGCAGGUCCCUCCGGGGAUGCCAAAUCCAAAAGGUCUUCUGUGGCCAAGAGUUAUUGCGAGGGAGAGUCGUCGAAAAAGAACAUUUGCUCAGAGAGUGACGACUCCUCCACCAAGCCAAAGACAUUCCACUCCAGGCUACCAGUUUUGAAUAAACAUGGGCAGCCAAUCCACACCUCCACUCCAGCCAAAGAAAACAAAGAGCAGUUCUUUGAGGCUUACAAGCAUUCAAUUGAGUUUUUUGAGGAAAUAAGCGAUGAGGCAGCGAAGUUAGUGGAAAGGCUGGCACAGGCCGAGAAUGAGCAAGAGGCGGCCGUCUCUGAUGAUGAGAGCAGUACCUUAGACGCCUCUGUCGUAGAGAGUGAGACUUUUCCCGAAAUGCAGUUCCCACUCCCUGAAGACGUCUUUGACAUGAGACCCCUCUGGGACGAUUCUGUGGAGACACAGAUGCAACGAAUUCCCAGUGAAAAUGCCAGAGGCCAAAGUCAAGUAGAUCCACAGGAGGAAGCUGAGCGGAAGGAAGAGAGGUUGGCUGUCAUUGCUGACCACCUAGGCUUCAGCUGGACGGAGCUUGCCCACGAGCUGGAGUUUAGCAAAGACCAGAUCCAUCAGAUAAGAACGGAGAACCCAAAUUCACUGCAGGACCAAAGCCACGCCCUGCUGAAGUACUGGAUGGAAAGAGAGGGAAAGCAUGCCACAGAGGGUACCCUAAUGAAGAGGCUGACAAAGAUAAACCGCAUGGACAUUGUGCACCUCAUCCAAACAAAAAAAAUCAAGUCCAGUCAAGACCAGUCCUCGCGGACAUACGCAGAAAUCGAGAAGACCAUUGCACUGGAUCACAGUGAAGGCUUCUCUGCACUUCAUGAGGACAUCGACAGUCCCAGGCCAGUGCGGCGCUCUGAGGCGUCACCCAGGCAACCAGGAACUGGGCCCCCUGUAGUGUCAGAGGAGGACCUCUCCGCCAGCAUCACGUCCCUCCCAGAGACCACGCCCAGGGGAGACAGCGACAUAUCUGUGACAGAGAUUCUGAGGCACACACAGAAGGAGAAGCUGGAGGCUAACCGACAGACACAUUCAUCAGGCGGUGCAGCCAAGACUACAUCUGAAAAGGUUGGAGCUGAGAAGGGGCCUGUCGGUUCUUGGAAACACGCGGACGAGAUGCCAGAGAUCCCCCCGCAGACCGUGACAGAGGAGCAGUACACUGACGAGCAUGGGAACAUGGUGGUGAAGAAGAUUACCAGAAAGGUAAUCCGUAAGUAUGUGUCGGCGGACGGCGUGGAGAAGGAGGAGGUGAUGCUGCAGGGCUCUCAUCAGGAGCUGGUCAGCGUGGAGGAAGGGGAUAACUACUCCAAGGUGGUAAAGAGGACGGUGCUGAGGAGCGAGGGAGACCGAACGGAGGUGACCUUCUCGGAGCCCCUGCCGGUGGGCGAGGCCACAGCCUCGGACUUUGAGGCGGAGCCCGUGCAGGGGCGGAAGGUCAGCAAGGUGGUGAAGACCAUGGUGGUGCAGGGGGAGAGGAUGGAGAAGCACAUGGGCGACCCCACGCUGGCCACCGACCUUCCUUCCGCCAAAGACGACUUCCAAAAGGCCUUGAGUUAUGCAGGAGGCUUUGGGAAAAUGCACCUGCCACAUUUAGUAGAGAAAGAGAUUGUGAAGGAGGACGGAUCGGUCAUCAGAAGGACCCAGAUGCAUAAGACGCGCACGCAGAAGAGGACUGUGGUGAGGGACAUUCAGGGGAAGCAGGUGCACCUGGAGCUGCUCGAAGAUGUCCCAGAAGCCCUGGGCCCAGACGACCUCCAGCGGCACCUGCACCGCCUGCUCCACCGCUACUGUGCCGAGGAAGAGGAGGAGCAGGAGGAAGAGGAGAGGAGGACGGAGUGACCACUCUGCCCUCUCAACCCCCGCCCCCCACCAACCCCUUAGCAACCCCCUGCCCCUCUUAUUCACACACAUGCACCUCCACCUUACUCCCGUGUUCCCAUCGAAAGACACUGGAUUUUUUUUCUCCUCUCUUCUGGGAGAAGUUGAACACCUCUUUUUUUGGGCUUUUUUAGUUUAAUUUUUAUUUUAACCUUUGUUUUUAUUUCUUUUCCUUUUGUUCUGCUCAUCUUGUGACCAAAGAUUGCUUCCCUUUCCUUGUCAGGUGAUUUAAAAAUUUGUAGAUAUAUUUUUAGUGUUGUUUUUCUGUUUUUUUUUCCCUUUUGGUUGCUGUGAUGGAAAAAAAAACCAUGCAAAAUCAAGACAAAAACCAACAACAACAUAAAAUGUUUUAAAAAAAGGAAAUUAGUGAGUGGGGGAACCACAGUAGCCUCAUCCACAGCCCUCUUCUUAAAGGACUCUUGUAAACACUUGUACAUAUACAGUAGUGUACGCGCUUGGACUGAAGAUAAGGAAAUGUUUACUACACUGCCUACCGUAACUGCACACAUGCACACACCUGAGAACAAAAAUCACUGAGCACCAGAUAUAUUUCCUGAGGUCAAAGUUCAAGGGCCCUUAGUGUCGCACCAGUAAUUGGCGGUGUGCACGGGCGCAUUGCAAAAACAUUCGAUCAAGGUAGUCACUGUUGGAGUGUUGUUGUUUGUGGUGUGUAUGCUUUUUGGGUGUGAAAACUUUGAGUGACUCCCUCUGAGCAACGUUGACAAUGAUCACUUGACCGAGACAAAAUUGAAAAACAAAAUUAGCAUGGGAAAGAGAAAUGGAAUGAAUACCAUGGUCUGCUAUGACCCAUUAGCAAGGCCGUAGAUGGCCUCAGUUCAAAGUCUACACGACACCAAUCGAUUAGAAAUACAACGAUGUAAAAUGUUGAUUUUGUGUUUACAAAUCUAGGUCACAUUGAAGGCUCAGGUGCAGCCCAUUUUAAAUCACAUCAAUGAGAGCUUUGCAUAUGCAUUCUUUCAGUCUAUCUGUCUGUCUGUUUGUCUGUCUAUCAGUGUAUGUCUCUUUCCUCCUUAUGCGUGCCAUGUGUCUACACUUCCCUGUCCUUUUUCUCUGAGCUGUGGCGAGUCUGAGACUGAUCCCUCUGUGUGACAUCACAGGCAUCCUCACAAGACAAUCUGUGUGUGACAUCACAGACACCUCCGCAGACAAUCUGUGUGUGUGACAUCGCAGGCAUCCUCACCGACAAUGUAACCGGCCGCCUGGUACAUGAACGUAGUUAACAGGAAUGUUGUUUUCUCUUCUUUUCCACUGUAUGAGCAUGUGGCAUAUACACUGUAGGCAUCAUGAUCACUCUCCAGCUUCAUAUCCUCUGUAACACGGAUUGAUCCUUUUCUUUCAACCCAACUCUCUCCUGUUUGUGAUUUUGAUUUGGUUCGAUCCUUCUCACCAGAUGUUGUUUUAAGAUUGACUCAUGAGAGUUUUACUUUCUUUUUUUUUUUGAAAAUUUUUAAGGGAAACAGUGAAUGUUGUUUUGGAGUU